GACACUUUUCUUUUGACAUUUACUUGUGCUAAACAUCUAAAAUACUCCACAAUAAUUUAAUUUAUUUAUGUUGUUUAAAUACAUAUUUUAGAAUUAUGCUCUUCAGUGUUUGAUAAAAUGUACAUUGCUAAUAUCGUCUUCAAAUUGUGACCGGCUUUUCUUCGUCAUUGAUGAAAUACAAAAACAUCAAGAGGACGAAACUUUAGCAUUAUGGAUGAAAUGAAGAAAUCAAUUAUUGCACCAAGUAGCAACAGACGGGUGAAUAAUGGAUAUCUUAAAUAUGCGAGUUUAGUCAUAUUAACGGUUCAGAAUGCUAUUCUGGGUCUCAGUAUGCGCUACGCCCGCACCCGGGAUGUGGAGAUGUUUUCCUCAGCAGCUGCUGUACUUUUAGCAGAGUUAGUAAAGUUUAUAAUCUGUACUGUUCUUGUGAUGCACGAGUCAGGCAGUAUUAAGGGCGGCGUCCAUUCAAUAUAUGCCACGGUGAUAUUAAACCUGGAAGACACUCUGCGAGUCUGUGUCCCAUCCUUCUUGUAUAUAGUGCAAAAUAAUCUACUUUAUGUCUCCGCCUCCAACUUGGAUGCUGCAACAUACCAGGUCACAUAUCAGUUAAAAAUAUUAACGACGGCAUUUUUUGCCGUAGUUGUAUUAAAACGGACUUUAAAAAGAUGGCAGUGGUGUGCUUUGGCAUUACUAGCCAGUGGCAUAGCGCUGGUCCAACUUUCGUCUGAUAAUGGAUCGGGAAAAGUGGCAUCUACACACUUACCACAGCAAUCCCGGAUUCUAGGAUUCGGAGCUGCUUUAGCAGCUUGUUUUAUAUCAGGAUUUGCUGGUAUCUAUUUUGAAAAAGUCUUGAAAGAAUCAGACAUAUCAGUGUGGAUGAGAAACGUUCAGCUAAGUUUGCUGUCGCUACCAUUUGGAACAGUAACUUAUCUAAUAAACGAGGGCUCGUUGAACCACCUUCUCAGGGGUUUCGACGGAUUCGUCUGGUACUUGGUAAUAUUGCAAGCGGCGGGAGGGCUUAUAGUCGCCGUGGUUGUUAAAUACGCUGACAAUAUAUUAAAAGGCUUUGCCACUUCCGUGGCCAUAGUAAUAUCUUGUGUAGCAUCUAUGUACAUAUUUAAUUUCCACUUGACUGUACAGUUUACGGUUGGUACUGUAUUAGUUAUUGCAUCUAUAUUCCUUUAUGGUUAUGUACCCAAGAAGAAAGCUGAAGUUCGGACUUCGCUGAGUGUUUAAUAAUUAAACUAAACCUAAAGUGCGUAACGUUAUAUAAAAGCUCAUAGGUAGGUCAUAAGCCUUUGUGCUAAGAAAUUAAUACCUACUGGAAUUAAUUUAGUUAAUAAUAAAUGCCACUAUGUUAUAUUUACUUAAUUAUUAAAGUACAUUAUAAGUUUAACUUUAUUUCUUGUGUUGACAGAAUGAAAACAGGUAUUUUAUUUUAGUAAAUUUAACGCCUAGUCAUGGGCGCCAGCAGCGGGGUGCAAGGGGGUGCACUUGCGCCCCCCUGGCAGGAAAGAAAACACGUAGGAAAAAAUACAAAAUACAUAUACAUAUUUUUUACCUGACUGCGCCAGCAUUAUUAUGUUAUUGUUUGAACAUUGACACGUACAUAAAUGACGGCAUCGAGUGCUUCUAUUACACAUAUGCACCUCCCUGAAAGUAAUCCUGGCGGCGCCCAUGCGCCUAGUCGUCGCGAGUUAUUAACCAGAAGUGAUUUGCACGCAGGAGAUAUUUAACCUUUCGUUUCCGCUAGAUAUGUGUGAGGAGGCGUAGGGACAGCGACAAAUACCUAUAUUUGUUAAGAACACACAAACACAUGCCUCGUUGCGCAUCGUCGCACAUCUCUGGUGAAAAUGCAGCCUAAGGCGGUUAUCCACCUAAUAAAAUGUGGAGUGUAGAAAAGACUUACAGGGCAGUAGAUAAUAAACUAACCAGAACCUUGAAAAGCUAACUGUUACUUUGAACACCUUACUGCAUCUAAUAAAAAUAUUUACAUUACUUAUGGUGCUACUUUCCCACACUAGUGCGGCAAUAAGCACUUUCCGUGCGUAGGUAUGUCGAAAAUUUAAACAU